AUGGUUAUAAACCCACAAAGAAAUAUCCACCGCUCGCCCAACUAUCCAAGAGUUAUAUUAAAUGAUGUUUUGUACACUAUAUUACACAAUUGCAUGGCAGUUACAAACAUGCAUUUAAGAAAUAGCGAGAAGGAAUUCUGUUUCAAAGAGUUUAUAUUUCAUUUAGCUAAUAACCAAUUAGCAUCCAAAACAUCAAGUGUUAGAAAAACAUCAAGAAAUACAAUCUUUUUUCCAAAGCUCGUUAAUGUUACAAUUGAUGGAAAUAAAAAACAAAGAGGUUCUUGUUUUGUGUGUAGUAGUGAUCCAAUUGAAGGGGUAGGCUAUAAAGAAAAUUCAUAUAUAAGAGCUCAAUGUGAAUGUCACAGUGUGUUCCACCAUGAUAUUUGUAAUAUUGCUUUCCAUAAUCCAGGAUACAAAGCUGCAACAAAAAUUGAAUAA